AUGAAGAUUCUAUCGUGGAACUGCCGUGGGCUUGGGAACCUGCGGGCAGUACGGGCUCUGAAAAGGCUCAUCCACUCUAAAGUUCCUGAUGUGGUACUUGUUAUGGAAACUAGGCUAUAUGAGUCGGAGGUUUUGAGACAUAGAGGGAUUGGUGGUUUGCACAAUGUUUUCCCAGUUCAGUGCGCAGGACAAGGGAGAUCCAGAGCUGGAGGGUUAUGUCUUUUUUGGGGAAGUGAAGUUGAAGUUGAGGUAAUAUCAGCUUCUUUACAUCAUAUUUUGUUUAAGAUUUUUCAUUCUGAGGAUAGAACAGAGAUGAGGUGCUUGGGAGUUUAUGGUUUCCCGGAUGAGAGGAAGAAAGCAACUUGGGAUUUGGUUCGUCGGUUCACGCCAGACAGCUCUAUUCCUUUUAUGUGUUUUGGUGACUUUAAUGACAUCCUCUCCCCGGCAGAUAAACUGGGAGGGGACCCCCCUGAUAUUGAUAGAUUACAGGAGGUGUCUCAGGCAUGUGCUGAUUGUGAGUUGCAUGAGGUUGAUUUUUUAGGUUACCGGUUCACUUGGUCAAAUAAGAGGAAGAAGCCUGACACAAUUGAAGAGAGAUUAGAUUAUGCUCUUAUUAAUGAGGCGUGGGGAGAUCUAUGGCCAUUGUGGUUGCAGGAAGGGGAUGAAUGUGCUGAGGUGGUGACCGAAACAUGGGAAAGAAUGAGGGGAGAUCUACCCGAAAAAAUUUCUCAGGUGGGGUCGGUCCUACAAGGGUGGGGAAAGGAAAAAUUUGGAGAUUUGCCGCGAAAAAUUUCAGAUCAGAGAGGCCUUCUAGAGAGACUUCAGAGGAGUGAUCAGACUGAUGAGGUGGUGGAGAGCACCAAGGAGGCCGAAAGGUUUUUAGAUAGUUUGCUUGAGCAAGAGGAGGUCCUGUGGGCACAGAGAUCCAGAGCAUCUUGGCUAAAACUGGGAGACCGAAACACUGGUUUCUUUCAUCAGAAAGCUUCACAGCGGCGGCGCAGGAACCUGAUUGAGCUUCUCAAAGAUGAUAAUGGGAGGAAAUAUGAGGAUGACAGGGACAUUUCUAGAGUGUUGACAGAGUAUUUUGGGACUUUGUUCUCCACUUCUUCUCCAGUAGGGGUGGAAGAAACGACUGCACUUGUGGCUGGGCGGUUAUCACCAGCUCAUCUGGAGAUUCUAGCAGAUCCGUUCACAAAGGAAGAUGUUGAGGAGGCUUUAUUUCAGAUGCAUCCGACGAAGGCUCCAGGUCUAGACGGACUGCCAGCUCUUUUCUAUCAGAGAUUCUGGUCAGUAAUAGGAGAUGAUGUGGCUCAGUUUUGCUUGGAGAUUCUCAGUGGUGCGAGAUCACCAGGUACAAUUAACCAGACUUUGCUUGUUUUAAUUCCUAAGGUGAAAAAGUCUGUGCAUGCAAACCAAUUUAGACCAAUUAGUUUAUGUUGUGUGAUUUUUAAAAUUAUUACAAAAACAAUUGCAAAUCGGUUAAAAUUGAUUUUGCCUGAUAUCAUAUGUCAUUCGCAAAGUGCGUUUGUACCUGGUAGAUUGAUUACAGACAACGCUUUAAUUGCUUUCGAAUGUUUUCAUUAUAUGAAGAAGAAAAUAAAUGGCCGGAAUGGCAUAAUGGCUUUGAAAUUAGACAUGUCGAAAGCGUAUGACAGAAUUGAGUGGCCUUUUUUGAGGUCGGUGAUGGAAAAAAUGGGCUUCCCACUUUGUUGGGUGAAUUUGAUUAUGAGCUGUGUUUCUACAGUUAAUUUUUCUAUUAUGUUAAAUGGCAAUCCGCAGCCACAGUUUGCACCCGGAAGAGGGUUGCGACAGGGUGACCCGUUAUCCCCUUAUCUGUUCAUCCUAUGUGGUGAGGUUUUUUCUGCACUAAUUGAGCGACAAAUGUUGUCUGGUGGCCUUCAUGGUCUAAAAAUUGCACGUUCUGCACCUGCUAUUUCUCACCUUUUGUUUGCAGAUGAUAGUAUAAUUUUUUCCCGUGCAAGUGUUCAUGAAGCAGAAUGUGUAAAAAAUAUUUUGCGAACAUAUGAACAAGCAUCGGGACAAGUGAUUAACCUGGAUAAAUCAAUGCUUUCGGGUAGCCGAAAUGUGCAUGAAAAUUGUCUUAAUGAGCUUACACAGCUGUUGGGAGUAAAGGCAAUUGAAAGUUUUGAUAAAUAUCUAGGAUUACCUACUAUUAUUGGCAAAUCCAAAACUCAAAUUUUUAACUUUGUUAAAGAAAGAGUUUGGAAAAAAUUGAAAGGUUGGAAAGAAAAAUCACUUUCCCGUGCUGGGAGGGAAGUACUUAUUAAAUCUGUUGCUCAAGCUAUUCCGUCUUAUGUUAUGUCAUGUUUUAUUUUACCUGAUGGUAUUUGUGCAGAUAUUGACCGGAUGAUUGCCCGUUUCUUUUGGGGCGGAGAUGUGUCUCGGAGGGGACUUCAUUGGACAAAAUGGGGUAACUUGUGCAAGAGCAAGUGUGAAGGAGGGCUUGGUUUUAGGGACUUCAAAGCUUUUAAUGAAGCUCUUGUGGCUAAAAAUUGGUGGAGAAUUUACAUGUACCCGGAUUCUUUGUUGGGUAGAGUUUUUAAAGCGGUUUAUUUUCCUUCUGUGACUAUCUUGGAGGCUAGAAAGGGAUAUAGGCCAAGCUAUGCGUGGUCUAGUAUCCUGAAAGCGGGGGGGAAAAUAGAGGGUGGCUUGAGGUGGAGAGUGGGGGAUGGUACAAAAAUAAAUUUGUUGCUAGAUAAAUGGCUCCCAGAUGGUUCCCCUUUGGUUUAUAGACAGGAAACUGUGGAAGACCUUAGGCUGGAGAAAGUGGCGGAUUUGAUAGAUAAUGGGCGCUGGAAGGUUGAGUUGAUCCAAGAGGCUUUUAGUCCUCUCACUGCCCAGAAAAUUUUGGCAAUUCCACUUGCAAACCAAGGUAAUGUGGAUUCUAUAUAUUGGUUUGAUUCCACUAAUGGCAUUUAUGUGUGUAAGUCAGGAUACAAUUUCAUCAGGUCCUUGGUGGCUAGAGAGGAGGCUUCAACAUCCUCGGGUCCUCUACUCCAGGCGAAGCUUUGGCGCAGGUUCUGGGCUAGCCCAGCCUUGCCACGGUGCAAGGAAGUAGCUUGGAGGGCUGUACAAAAUUUUCUUCCAAUGAGAGGAGAACUUGUGAAGAGGGGGAUGCAGCUUGAUCCAUGCUGUCCUUUUUACGAGACCGAAGUCGAGACAUGUGGUCACUUGUUCUUGAAAUGCCCUGCGGUAGAGAGGGUGUGGUUUGCGUCAGAUUUGGCGAUUAGAACUGAAAGUUUCAGCUCGGUUCAUGCUUUGAUGGUGGCGGUUUUAGAGGAGGAUGAUGUAGAUUUUAUAGCAGCAGUACAACAGCUUAUGUAUGUGAUUUGGGAGGCUCGGAACUCCAUGGUGUUCAAUGGGAGGAAACUGGAUGUGGGAGAUGUGCUGCGGAGGUCAUCCAUGUUGAAGCCUUGGGAUGAUGGUAUUCAUAUUCCUCAAUCACUGACAGCUUCACGCCCUGCAAAUUGGAAGAGGCCAGAGGAAGGAAUUGUCAAAAUAAAUUUUGAUGCUUCAGUUAAGAACGAGAUUGGUGGUCUAGGAAUGGUGGCUCGGGAUUCUCAUGGUGCGAUUCUAGGAGCUGCAGCUUUAUAUCCGGUUAGUGUGAUCUCCCCUUUGCUUGGCGAGGCUUGCGGUUUCCGAUGGGCACUGAAGUUGGCGACGGAGUUUGGUUUCCGAUCAGUUUGCUUUGAAACUGACUGCUUACAGCUAUUUGAAUGGUGGAAGAAGGGCUCUAUUGGUUUGUCUUAUUUAGAUACUAUUGUUCGCGAAUGUCAUCUUUUUACUUCUGCUUUUAGUUAUUUUCGGUUUACCUUUGUGAGACGUUCAGGUAAUUUAGUUGCCGAUUUUCUGGCUAGGAAUGCAUCUAAUUUCCCCAACUCCGUUUGGGUGGAAGAGGUACCUCAUGAUGUAGAUCACUUGGUGAUCAACGAUGCUUUGGCUUCAUCGCCUGAUUUGAUUUAA